AUGCCGUCACCAGUCGCGUCGACCGCCGCGCCUCCGCCCCAGUCGCACGAGCAAUCGCAGCAAGAAUCAACACCAGCCGCACACGACGCGCAGAACGGCGCUGCCGGCGACGAUGCCACCGAGUCGCAGGAUCCCGCGCGUCCAUCCAGUUCUGGCCAGACCGCCGACGGCAAUGGCACGAUACGCGAGACGAAGGAGAAGGCAAAGGCCCUCAUGGCCGCGUCCGGCGUCGACGUGAACGCGAGCACCGAGCAGGCGUCGCCCUCUGCCCGCGCAAAGUCGUCGCCUGGGAGCGACGCCGCCAAUGGAGUCUCCCCCAGCCGCAAACGCUCUCGCUCCGGCUCGCGUCUGCCCUCGCACGCGCCGUCUCAAGGCUCUUCCAAUCAGAACCCGUCCGCUCUGACCGAUUAUCUCAUCAAUCAGUACUGCACCCGCGACUUGCUUCACGCCGCGGCCAUGAACGACCAGGCUGCCAAGGCUCGAGGUUUGAUGACCGAGAAGCUGUCCGAGGUUGAGUACUACAAGCAGCUGCGCCAGCAGCGCCAGAUCGAUCCCGGCUCGGUGUUUGGCUACGGCUUCGAUGGCUACGGCAAUGGCUAUACUGAGGUGAAGCCGUCGCGGCUCCAGUACCCGGCGCAGCGCAAACGUCUCGGGAACCGCCGCUCCAAAAGCUUGCAUGUGCCCCGGAAGGACUUGGCGAAACAGGCCGACACGUUCGAGGAGCUGGUGCCCGUACGUCUGGACAUCGAGUUCGACAAGAUUAAGCUGCGAGACACCUUCACCUGGAACCUGCACGACCACCUCGUCUCGCCAGAGCUGUUCGCAGAGAACAUGGUGGAGGAUUUCAAACUGCCCCCGGAGAUGGGCCCCCACGUUUUCCGCCAGAUCAACACGGAAAUCCACGAGCAGCUCCAAGAUUACUACCCCCACGUCUACUUCAAUGAAGAACCGCUGGACCCGACCCUGCCUUACGACGCCUAUAAGAACGACGAGAUGCGUAUAUUGAUCAAGCUGAACAUCACCAUCGGACAGCACACCUUGGUGGACCAGUUCGAGUGGGACAUCAACGACCCAAUGAAUUCGCCCGAGGAAUUCGCCAGGUCCAUGACCGCAGAGCUCUCCCUUUCCGGCGAGUUCACGACCGCCAUCGCGCACUCCAUACGGGAACAGUGCCAGAUGUUCACUAAAAGCCUCUACAUCACGGGCCACCCCUUCGACGGCCGCCCAGUCGAAGACGCAGACGUCCGCGAGGGCUUUCUGACUUCUCCAAUACAGUCCGUAUUCCGGCCCGUGCAAGCAGCAAAGGACUACGCGCCGGUCUUGUACGAGCUGAACGAAGCGGACCUGGAGCGGGCGGAGUUGUCGAUCAUGCGCGAGCAGCGGAGACAGAAGCGCUCGGUGAACCGGAGAGGCGGCCCGGCGCUCCCGGAUCUCAAAGAUCGGCAACGGACGGUGCGGACGAUGGUGGUUUCCUCGGUGCUGCCCGGCGCCGUGGAGCGCGUGGAAGACAGCCGCCUGUACAAACUCUCCCGUUCCGCAUCCGGCAGAGGCAGGCGCACCGUGAGAGAUGGCGAUUCGGACGAAGAGUCCGAGAGCGAAGAGUCCGGUCAAGAAUCCCCGGCACCUUCGCAGAUAAUGAUGAUGGGAGGAACAGCGAGGACGAGGGGCAUGCGCGGAGCGGCGUCGGCGGCGACGGUCGCCAUGCGCCAGAAUCUUGGCCGGUCGCAGACUCCCGAAGUCACGGCCCUCCGGCAAGAGCAUCACCACGAGACGCGCACCUCGCGACGCUUCGGAACGCCCAGAGAAGAAAGUGUUGCUCCCACGCCCACGACGCCUGCUCCCGAAAGACUGCUGGUCAGGGUCAAGAUCUCCCGAGACAACUUCUACGCCCCAACAACAAGCCACACCCACCCGCGCCUCGAUGCCGCCACCCCCUUCGCCGGCGAUGCAGCAACGAUCGACCCCCGGCCCGGCGACGCCGACAAGUAA